GUAAAAGAGGGAGGUGAGUAGGAACUGAAAAGGGGCAGUACACGCACUCGCCGCCUCACACAGACAGACCCACUGGAGCACAGGUGGUGCUGGAUGUGGAAAUGGACAUAAGGAGCUGUCAUAGCUGAGGCAUGGUUAUCUUUCAUCCCCUCAGCUGUCCUGUCAUCUACAGUUUAGGCUUGGUCAACUAAGAGAGGACUGAAUGCAUGGACAAGCAAAGGAGCAAACCUUUAUGCAAAUCUGGAUGGCGCUGCAGUCCAAAGAUUUAAUAAAUUCUUGGUUUGAGUAGUCUGAUGUGUUCAAGCUUUAAUCAAAACUACUAGAAGAAAGUGAACUUUACUUCUCUAUUUAGGUUUUGAGAAUAAACAAAAGCCAACACUGAUUAUCCUACCCACAGAGAGACUGUAUCUGGCUUUAAUGUAUAAGAAAUAAACCAGGAAACCCGAAUAAAGCCGCUUUAAUUGAAUACAUCAGAGCUCUGAAUACAAACCAGCCUGUGGAAUGACCUUUGCAGACUGAAAUGUUAUUCCUCUCAUGCACCUAGCAGCAGGAAGCUGUAUAUGUACACAGUUCCCUUUCACGUCACGACAGAGUUAUGAUCUACAAGAUAAAGGGCAGAUCCUUUUCUCUGAAAGAAAAAUAAUCUGCAGGCUGGAGAUUGGGAUGGAGACAAAAAGCAUGUUUUGGUGACCGAAAUAGCAGAGGAGGAAGAGCAGCGUCUGGGGGAAAAAAAAGAGAGAUGCAAAAAGGAGAGACUGGAGUGUUUCUCGGCUCACUCUGCCAGAUUUUUAACAGAGCACAACAAACUUGUGCAAUUUUCAUGGCAGUCGUCCAUGGGAACUUGUCCAAGGCACAUUGGAGCUGACCCUCCUGGGAGGUCCCAUUAGAUAGAGCGUAAUAUUCCAUCAAGAGCAAAGUUAGAGCACACUCCUUCUUCUGACAACAGGACAACAUUUGGAUGAUUAUUACUGAAAGGGGAGCCAUGGCCGGAAGCAGAACCCUGGAAAGCUGAGCAACUCCUUUCCUUGUCCUUUUAUUGUGCAUUUUCUUGCACAUCUGAACUUAUUCACUGCCUGCCAAUAAGGACGGAAAACUACUAUUUUCCUGUUGGACCGAAGUUUCAUCUUAUCCAGAAAAGAGGUUGAGCCGACUGGAACGAAACCCUUGCAUAGCUGAGGGCUUUUGUUUCUGCCGUAAGUGAGGCAUUUAACCAGGAGUGGCAAUGGAGAUGGAGAAGGGACAUAUGCCGAUCAGGAGAGGGGUUAGCUGGAGUCCAGGAGGAUUGAGAAAACCUCUCCAGGCGACCCAAAACAUGCACACCCCUGAGAAGGAGUGCAAUGCAUCAUGGGAGAAGACAGGAUUCAACUCGGAACAGAUGAGCCGGAAAACAAAUCUGACCAGGAGUGCUAGUCUAUCAGAGAAGGAGCUGAAGGAGGCCCGUGUCAGGAGUCAGAUUAUUGCUGCCCAGCUUACAGUCCCUUCCAACUGCAGCUCCAGAGGCGUGCAGCUCUUCAACCGGCGGAGGCAGAGGGUGAACGCCUUCACCCUGGAAAGCUGUGGCGAGGGUUCAGAGGAGGACAGAGCUGAGAAUGUGAAAACCGACUCCUCAUCCAGCAAACCAACAUGGGCAGAGAGAAGCAGUGAGGAGAAGGAUAGAGACCUGAACUUUAAAAAUAGCAAUACUGCUUUUGCACCACCUGGGAGGGUACAUUCAGGAGGUGAUUUGAUGGAGGACCCAGGUAAAGAUUUUUACAAAGAAGAGGACACAGAGGAGCGUGUUAUCCAGGAGAGACAUUUCCUCCCUGUUAAGGAAGAGCAGGAGGAUGAGGAUGAAGCAAGAGAUAAAAUCAAUGAGGAGGCUGAGAACAAAGUCAAGGAUGAGAUUCCCCCUGGAAGUAAUAAUACUGAUCCAGUUCUUAUGAAACCAGCAGAGAUAAAUGGGGGCCACACAGGGCCAGUAUCUCCAGGAAAACUCCUUAAUGGUUGCCAUAGUAAUUCUGGACCUGACAGGGCGUCUGUGCCCACAUCCAAGCAGACAAGCACCAUCAUCAAUCGAACUGCCAGGCCUUUUUUCUCGCCACCGACAGUUCAGUCUCCAGAGACAGUCAGCCCCGCCAUGGGCAUUCCCCCUCCUCCAUCCUACGCCACUCCUCCUCUCCCCUCCCAAACUGUUGCUUUCUCCCCUCCUCCUCCACCCCCAUCAUAUCCUACACCACCCCUACCAGCAUUUACAAACCAGCCUCCACAGAACUACUACUCCAGUCCACCUCCGAUGUCACCCGUUUUGUCUCCUUCCUCCCCUCUAGCUCAGUUACCUUCUGUACCUCAGUAUCCGCCCAUGCCCCAUUACGGUCCUCCAACUGCCCCAAAGCCCUCCACCUUUGUGCCUCAGCCUGCUGGAGAAAGGAAGCAGAUAAUCCAGAUCAAAACAGGAAUACUUGAGGAGGGUGCCUCUAGAAGGGCAAACAGAAAGUCAAUGUUCACGUUCAAAGAGAAGCCAGUUGUGGCUCCCAACCCUGAGCUGCUCUCGUUGGUGCAAGGGGUGGAUGAAAGGAAGAAACAUGGACUUCGACCUGUGCCUGAGCCAGCAACUGAGGAAGAGCUGCUAGCGCUGGGUGCAGAGGCCUCAAACUUUCUUGCAAAGGAGGAGGACAGGUUUGAGGAGGCAAGCACUCCAGAGUGGUCUUCAUGUCUCAAGAGCUCUAGGACCCGGCCAAGGGUGGAGCACAGGCCGGAGCAGACCCUGACAAACGUCUCUGGAAAGGGGGCAGAGCUGUUUGCCAAGCGACAGUCCAGGAUGGAGAAAUAUGUUGUGGAAAAUAAGUCUGGACAGAUCAGGUCUCCUUCUCCAACAAUGUCUCUGCCACCAUCUUGGGUGUACCCAUCGAACAUGCCUGGCAGAGUGAAAGCCAUGGCGAAAAACUCUGACAUGAGCGCUCAGGUUUCACAAAACUUGAAGGCUCAACAGGCAGUCAAGCAAAAACCAAAGCAAAAAGCUCCAGCACCAGAGCCAGUCCCAGAGCCCCCUCUUUUAGAGAACGGCUGCUCCAAGAUAGAAAUGGACUUGUCAAGGCAUCGGCCAUACCAGCUGAACUCAUCACUCUUUGUCUUUAACCCAACAAAAGACCCUCUUAGCACACUACCCAGAGGAGCCCCACAGUCCAAAAACCUGCCGUCGUGCCAGUCUUUCUUCAGACAGAAUUCCCUCCCUCGUAACCCUCCUUCUCAUUUCAGAACCCAGUGUUUGUCUCCACAGCUGCCUCUCAGCCCAACAGGAGGAGCGGAGUAUCCUUCAGAGUCAGCGUCUGUCCAACCAAGGAUCAGUUCUCCGAUGGCUGCCUUCUCUCCAGAGCGGGUGUCCUCGCCUCGGUCGGGGGUCCAGGCACCCAGACCGAUGUUUUCUGCCAAGAAGGCAGGGAUCGCAGCCCAGACACCAAAGGACUCCUCCCCGUCUGAAACUCCAAUUGAGACUUCAACUCCAACCUGCACACCAAGCCUCACGAGACGGUUCAGCAGCCCUGAAGGCCCCAGCAGUAGAACCUGGACCCCUGGCCUCCAAAUCAGUCGACCCUCCACAUCCAUCUCCAGCCGCUCUGUUACAUCCCCUGUUUUAUCUCCAAGGAGUUCAAGCUGCCAAUCACCUGCAACCAUUCAGAACAUCCACCUCUCCACUGUUAACUCCUCCCAAACACCUACCACAUCUCCUCCUUGGGGUUCAAGAUGUCAGUCUCCAAUGGCAAAGCCAAACAAUCAGUUCACAAGCAACUCAUCCCCUUCUGGUUUCAGACCAACUCAAACUUCUGUGUCUACUCCUGUUUCUCCUCCUUGGGGCUCAAGAAGUCAGUCCCCAAUGAUUAGUCACAACAACCAGUCCUCAAACAACUCAUCCACACCUGGUUUAAGACAAACCCAGACUUCUUCAAUUUCUUACCCUGUGUCUCCCCCGUGGGGUUCAAGGUGUCAGUCCCCAGUGGUAAAUGCCCAGUCUUCCACUGUCACCUCAGUGUCUGCAUUCAGACCAGCCCAAUCUUCCACAGCCAUAUCUCCACGCUCUCCUCCUUGGGGAUCAAGAUGCCAAUCCCCAAUGGUGGGCCAAAAUACCCAGUCUUCCCAAAUAGCAAGUUCCAGACCUUCCAUUACUAGUAACACUAGUUCUCCAUGGGGAUCAAGAUGCCAGUCCCCAAUGGUAGGCCAGAAUACUUUCACAUCCAGGCCUCCUCAAACAUCUUCAGCCACAUCUCCUGUGUCUCCCCCAUGGGGUUCUCGUUCCCAGUCUCCUGCACUCUCACAGACCAGUUUAUCCUUCUCUGCCACUAAGCCUCUGUACACAUCCUCUGUGUCGAUACCCAAAGACAGUCGCUGCAUGUCCCCUGUUGUCAAUAACCUAGACUCUAAAGCCAAUCAUCGUCUCCUGGCCAAGAACAUCAUCAAUGCUGCAAAACGUAAAAACAGCCCUUCCCCUGGAGCACUAAGUGGUCACAGUCUUCCAAUCUCACCUGUAGGAAAUUUCCACCCAAGCUACGAUUGUCAAAAACCACCUAUCAGUCCAUUCCAGUCCCAAUCAUUAGGGGCCCAGUCCCCAGCCUUCACCAGCCCUCCUGCUACCCCAAUGCAGAGAAUCUGCUCCCCUGUGAGGCUCUACAACACUCGCUCACUCACUGACUCUGAUGCCUCAGUUGAGUCUGAAGACUCAGGGCUCCGAUCGCCUGGCUUCCACUCAUACAACACCUGUCCACGAGGCUGGGGUGGGAGCCUAAGGGUGAAGAGGAACACUGUCUCCACAGACCUGUAAGGGUAUCACAAGCUGCUAAUCAAGCCAUGAUUUCAGCCUAUUAGACUUUUGUGGCAUUGGAUCAACCAGUAAACGACAUCUUUGGUGGCAUUUUAUCAGACUAAUAUUGGACAAGUUACAUUUUUGUAACUUCAAAUCGAUCACCAAUGGUAAAUGUUGUAUUAAGGUAGUAUUAGUGCAUUAUAUAGCACUUACAUUUGUAAUAGAGACUGACAAGAACAAGCUUUUUACAUGGUGCAGUUUCUAUGGCUUGUACGCUUCUCAAAUACCAAAAAGACACAAAAUAACCAAAGAUAUUUUAACUGUAGUAAAAUGAAUGUUAUACUUUCACAACAAAAAAUCAUCUGCAGUCACUGUUUAAGAAGCCAUUAAUUAAUUUUCUUUUCAUCUGUGGGUGGGACAUGCAGUUAUCAUUAUUACACACUGUCCAAGUUGUCACCACAGUUUAUUUCCUAUUUCACUCAAUGCAAAAUAAAUUGUAUGCAUAAUUAUCACAGUGCAAUAAUCCAUUAAGCACGGUGUAUAUAUGUUGCUUCAUGUAUUGCAUUUUCUAAAAUGAAUGUUAGCUUUACAGACAGAUUGACAGAGAAUGAUAGAAAAAAGGGAGUUUGUGUAUGAAAAUAUAUUUAAGGGUUCAAGGAGCACUGAUGUUCAAUCAAAUACUGUUACAGGACAACAAUGUUUAAAAGAGUUUUUUUGCUGAUAUUUAAACAUUUAUGUUUAAAAGGUAAUAAAAACAAGAUGAUUUUGGUAUGCAAAUUUAAUGGCAUAUUGAUUGUAAUAGUCAUAUUGGAUAUUGAUUUGUGUAUGCCUACGUUUUGCUUCUGUUUUUUAUUGGUACUACCUUAUAUAAGGAUCAAGUAAACAGAUUGCAUUACUUUACGAAUUGUACAAAGUGCCUGUUUGGAAGAGGUUUAGAAGCAGAUGUGUAUGCCAUGUCAAACAAGUGGAGAGGACUAACCAAAUGUUUGCUUUCAUGAGGAGAAAAAGGUUGAAAGAAUGUUGUAUUUUGUGAAAUACUAAUCAUAAUGUUUGUGAGAAGAGAAGCAGAGGUUUGGAUUGUAUUUUCAAUACAUGCAAAACUGUAACUGUAACACUCUGUUUAACUUUUUAUUUUAUUUCACUUGAUUUGCACUUCUGCUUUUUUCCAUUUCAUUAGCUUUCUAUGCAUUGCAUGCAUUAAACUUGAUUUGCAAACAUGAAAAGUAGAACAUUCCUGCACAAUAUUGUAUGUGAACAAAUGCUGACUUAAUGGUAUUAGCAGUUUACCUGACUGCUGCCUUCAAACCACAAAAAUCUUUCUGUAACAAGUGUGUAAACCUUUUUUUUUUCCAAUUGUUUCCAUCUUUCCCUGUCCUAUACCAGCACACACAAGGCGUCAUUCCUUCCCCCCCUAAUAUGUAGGCCAAAAGCAUCAGCACAUUUCUAAAUAUUUACUCCAGUGUGUCUGCUGAGUGACAGGGACACCUGCUACACGUUGACCUGGCUCCUUCAGCAGCAUCUAAACCUAUCACUGUCAUGGAUUGGUUUCAACCUGGGUCAUGUCUUGACAAACUAAACACUGCUGACAUCCUCAAACACAGAAAUGAAUCAUCAUCUUUUUGUUUUGCAAGCAGAUUUCUUCUCCUGUGAUUGUAUGAUUCAAUUCACCAAAUGUUUGAUUUCAUAACUGUUUGUUGCCUGAAAUUGACUCAAAAAUAAAAUUGAUGACACUGAA